GAACUGCAGCAAAUGGCAAGAACCAAGCAGACCGCUCGUAAAUCCACCGGUGGUAAAGCCCCGAGGAAGCAGCUCGCUACUAAAGCCGCCCGGAAGAGCGCCCCAGCCACCGGCGGGGUCAAGAAACCCCAUCGUUACAGGCCCGGGACCGUGGCUCUCCGAGAGAUCCGCCGCCAUCAGAAGUCCACCGAGCUGCUGAUCCGCAAACUGCCUUUCCAGCGUCUGGUGCGAGAGAUCGCUCAGGAUUUCAAGACGGACCUGCGCUUCCAGAGCUCCGCCGUCAUGGCCCUGCAGGAGUCCAGCGAGGCUUAUCUGGUCGGUCUGUUCGAGGACACCAACCUGAACAUAUUCAUCAUGUCUGGAAGAGGCAAAGGCGGUAAAGGACUUGGGAAAGGAGGCGCUAAGCGUCAUCGUAAAGUUCUGCGUGAUAACAUCCAGGGAAUCACCAAACCCGCCAUUCGUCGUCUCGCUCGCCGCGGCGGAGUUAAGCGCAUCUCCGGUCUGAUCUACGAGGAGACUCGCGGGGUGCUUAAGGUGUUCCUGGAGAACGUGAUCCGCGACGCCGUCACCUACACCGAGCACGCCAAGAGAAAGACCGUCACCGCCAUGGACGUUGUGUACGCGCUCAAACGACAGGGACGCACUUUGUACGGUUUCGGAGGUUAAACACCGUAAACAACAAACAAAACGGCUCUUUUAAGAGCCACCCACACUGUCA